GCAGCCCCCGUCAAAUACAACUGAUAAGGAGCAAGCCGCCUAUUCAGCCGCCCGUCCCUCGCCAAAAGCGACACGGAACUCUGGGACAGAGCCUACGACAGUCUGAAGGGAAACGACUCUGAUCUCCUUGAUCGGUACGAAAAGACAUUGUCGGGCCACCUAAGGGGCGGCGAUGAGCACGCGGUGUCUUCCAGCAACAUGGUCGCGCAGUCGGACCCGGAGCAGAGACAAGUGCAAAUGGGAGAGGUUUUGAAGGCGUGGCUCAGCGACGGCGGCGAUGCCGAGGGCACACAGCCUGAGCCUGGGUCUCUGAGAGGAGUUAUGCGGCGUCUGGUCAACAAAAGUCCAGGCUGUUCUCUGCUUUGGGUCGCCGCCUGCCUUAGUAUCGAGGCGACAGUUUGCCGUGGUCCGAAAACCGAGGUACUCGGCCCGGGAAUGAUCUCGCUCACCUCCAAGUUGGAAUGGCUCGAAGGUGUCCUUGUCACAGGUUUCGCAGGGGGUAACAUAGAGGCGCAGCUCCGACAACUGCUCGACGAGGGAGACGGCCACCAGGAAGCGCAGACAGAGGAGGACGAGCAGGGGACCGAAGAGUUAGAGGGAGAAAGCCAGACGAGACGGGCCAAGUCGACGGCGGGAGAGUGCGAGCUAGAAAGCCAGAAAGAGGAUGACGGGUCGGCAACACGGCAGUCUGAAGCGCCUGAACAAGAAGACCAGGCAGAAGAGGAUAAGGUGACAGACGAAGCCCAGAAAGAGAAGCAGACAGCGGGUCUCCUCGGCAAGCCUCACCCUACUCAUCUGGAGCCACCUCCAAAAAGCAGCUUCGGCAACAUGUCAGAUAUGCUGUAUGACUGGGCCGCUCAAACCCCGGAGUAUCAACAACUGGAUCAGCGACAACAGCUGCCAAGUGCUUUGGGUGAUGGGCGAUACUGGUGUCGGCAAGACCACACUGCUCUCGGCCAUCGUACGGAGGCUUCAAGAUGCCCCCGGAAAGAACGUGGCCUACUGUUUUCCCUCCCAACUACCACCAAGAUUGGCGAGAUUCAGGCACCGAAACCAUAA